GUGUGUGCAUCGACCUUCAUGAAAUCAUCAAUGGUGAAUCAGAAAUGGAUGCCGCACGAGGAUAGCAGUGCCCAAGCUGAGAGUUGGCAACCCACAGGAUGAACCCGAGGAAGUAUAAGUUCCACUUGGGGGAGCUGUUUACGCAUUACACGCAUCGCUUUGACAACGAGGGCAUGUGUCUUUGAGCAGAUCUCCAGUCUUGAUGGCGUUAUUAAUGUAUGCCACGGUUCAAGCUCGUAUAUGGGCCUGGAUGCUCAACAUGCCUCACAGCCCUCCCAAAGAAGGAGCAAAGGCACUUAGAGAAAGCGCUCCUCUCGCCAAAGUACCCACGGCUGUGUGCGACCAUGACAGGGCCUGUGGGCGAGGUUUCUCCUGUGAUCGACACUUUGGUCUUUGUGUUCCCCUACGAGGGGAGGGCCACUACUGUCGGAGGGAUGCCCAGUGUGUGCGCGGACUCAGCUGCAUGUUUGGGAAGUGCCACCGCAGCAUCCCCAACGGACAAGAGGGCGCCAGAUGUAAAGUGGACAGGGAUUGCGGGGCGUCUAUGUGCUGCGCUCGACACCACGGUGAACAAGUGUGCAAGAGACGUCUGAUCCGCGGCGAAAGCUGCUACGUUCCUGACGGCGGCCUGGCGUUCAGCAUAAACCAGAUUUGUCCGUGUGACGAGGGGCUGCUGUGUCGUGACAACAGUGCAUCACACCAGAGAGAGAGAGAUUUUAUUUACCAACCAGAGCGAACAAGUUGGACUUGCCAAGGACCCAAACCUUAACGCCAACCUCAACAUUAAACCUAUUUAUUAUGUAAAUAUGUUGUAUAUGAUUGUAUAUAAAAUGUAUGUAUUUCCAAAUAUGUUGUAUCACUACAUGUUUUAUUAGAGUCUUAUAGCAAGGACGAUGUUUUUAAAAAUUCAUUUUGUAAGUUUUGACAAAAGCACUGCUGUAUGUAGCCGUUUCACCUCGUACAGUAUCUUCUUCAAUGCAUUUGGUGAUCUUUGGUUAUAUCUAUAAAUGUCAAUUUAAAGAAUAAAAAAAGGACAUA